AUGGCGAGUAGUGUAAGUUUUGACGAAAUAACUGAACACAUAUCACCAGCAAGUCUCAAGCGAGAAUUUGAUGGUAAUUAUGUAUCAGCUCAUGCAACACUUCACGUUCUUCAAUGGAAUACUCUUGCUCAAGGUUUAUCCAAUCCUGAGAAUAAUUUUGUACGUGUUAAAAACGAAACAAUAGCAUUUGAUACUCGUAAAUGGCGCAUACUUGAACAAAUUCUUAUUCGUAAACCUGAUCUAUGUGCACUUGAAGAAGUUGACACCUAUGAUUGUUUUCUUCAAUAUCAUUUACCAAAAUAUGGAUAUACUUGUUUCUUUACUCCCAAACCAAAAUCUCCAUGUUUUGCAUUUCAACAUGAUUCUGCCAAUUUCAAAGGACCUGAUGGCAUUCUUCUGUGUUUUAAAACAGAUUUAUUCGAUGAAAUUCAACGAUAUCACUAUCAAAAAGCCGAAUGUGAUACUGAUCAGAAACCUGCAUUUUUUUCAAUAUUUGAAUUAAAACACAAACCAUCAUCAGCCAAUAUUAUUUUUGUUGGUACACAUUUAAAAGCAAAGAAACAAUUUGCAAAUAUACGAUCAGAUCAAGCACAAACUAUUAUUCAAUAUUUAACUGAACAUUAUUCAACACGCGCACAUAUCAUUAUUUCUGGUGAUUUUAAUGGUGAAGCUGAUGAACCUUUCUAUGAUAUCAUACGUAAGGCUGGUUUUUCGAGUGCAUAUCGAACAGUAUUAAAUGAUAAAGAACCAUUGUUUACAACAUGGAAAUUUCGAGAAAAUGAAGGAAUCGAACAAGAGCAGUGUCGAACUAUUGAUUAUAUUUUUUAUAAAUCAGAAGGUUUGGUACCUAUUGCUAUUUUAAAACUACCAAGUAAAGAAGAUAUUGGUUCCAAUGGACUUCCAUCAAAUGAAUAUCCAUCAGAUCAUUUAGCACUUGAAGCGAUUUUUAAUAUAAAUCUUUGA